UUGGUGGGAGGAGCCAGUCGCUGUGAAGGAACCCUGGAGGUGAAAAAUCAAGGAGAAUGGAGGCCAGUAGCUUAUAAGGAAAUCACCCUGAAGACAUUAGUAGACUCCAUCAGACUGGUGGAUGGGUCUGGUCUGUGCUCAGGCAGACUGGAGGUGAGGUCUAACCAGUCUAACCAGUGGUCCUCAGUGUGUGAAGAGGACUUUGACCAGCAGGAUUCAGAGGUGGUCUGUAGGGAGCUUGGCUGUGGGGCUCCUUCAGUCCUCCAGGGGGCGCUCUAUGGAGAAGUGGAGGCUCCAAUGUGGACCAAAGGGUUCCAGUGUGGAGGCCAUGAGUCUGCUCUCCUGGACUGUAGAAGCUCAGGCUCAGAGAGAAACACCUGCUCACCUGGUAAAGCUGUUGGACUCACCUGCUCAGAACCUGUGAGGUUGGUGGGAGGAGCCAGUCGCUGUGAAGGAACACUGGAGGUGAAACAUCAAGGAGAAUGGAGGCCAGUAGCUUAUAAGGAAAGGAACCUGAAGGAAUCAGAUGUUCUUUGUAGAGAGCUGGACUUUGAAUCUGCUGUUUCUAGCAGACCCAGAGUGGAGUCCUCACAGAGAUCUGGGUGGAGGUUUACAUUUGAAUGUCUUCACUCUGGAUCCUCUCUGAGGGAAUGUUUAACAUCAUUUUACUCCUCCUCCAUCCUGGAUCUCAUCUGCUCAGACCUGCAGCUCCAGCCGAUCAUCUCUGUGUCCUCCUCCAUGUACGGGGUCUCCGAGGCCCAGCAGCAGAGGGCUCAGGUCCUCAGGGGCUCCACCUUCACCAUCUGCUGCUCCAUCCAGCCAAAGUACCCAGGAGGCUUCUUUCAGCUCACCUUCACCUCCUCCAACUCAGCACAAAACUACACCAAGACAGCUGUCAAUCACUCGGCCCACUUCCUGUUUCCACCUGCAGAGCCCGCCCACCAAGGAAGCUACAGCUGCGUCUAUCACGUUUCUGUUUAUUUGCAUAACUUCUCCUCUGAGAGCCGUGUGCUCUCUGUCUCUGUGGAAGAUCCAACACCUCUCAUCAUCAAAGCGGUCCUCCUGCCUCUGAUGCUGCUGGUGGUGAACGUUGGCCUUUACUUCUACUGUAAGACCACCAGGGGGCGGAAGCUGGGCAGACGGGAGGACUUUGAGCUGGAUCAUCAUCACCUGGGUGUUCCUGCAGCUGAAGAAGAAGGAGCUCAGGGAGCAGAGUAGCUCCUCCAAGGAGCUCCUCUCACAUCCAGAUGGAUUUGUAACACACAACCAGCAUCAGCUCACUUUCAUACGCAUGUUUGCUUCCAACAAGAAGGCUGGAACAUCAUGUGACUUCAUUAGAGCAGUGUUUCUUCAUUCCUUCUGUACGUCUGGGGCUCUGUCAAUUUGCUCAUUAAGGAUUGAUUCUUUUUGGGGGAUUACAUCCUCAAUUCGUUGUAAUUAUUGAUUUGGUCUACUUUUCAUGAAGGACUUUUUAAUAUCUGAAGAAAUCUAUAGCCCAGCAUAAAUGUUGUAAUUCAUAAAAGUACUUAUUUUACUUAAAUAUUGUUUAUUAUUGACCUUCAGGAAUCUACUUGAUCAGUUAAUAAAGUAUUUUACUUAUUGUUUUUAUAAUCCAAGUGUUUUACUCAAACCACCUGCUUUUUUGCUAUUAUUUAGUAUCAAGGAAUUUGUAUUGUUAUUAUUAUUGUUCUUCAUGACUAUAAUUAAUGUUGCAAUCAAGAAAUUGAAGGAAGUUUUGCUCACAAUUUCAACAUGGAUUUGGCCCGUUUU